AUGGCGACCAUGGUGGCCAAGAAAUCCCAGGCGGAGCGGAGCAGAGUGCCUGCGAAGGCUCACGCCCUGUUUAACCAAGGAGACCGCCUCCGUGCGCGGUGCUUCCGCUCUGCUUCGGCGUCCGGUGGGUUUACGCUGUUAGAGAAACGUAAAGGCAAAGAGAGGCCCACAGGUUACCCCUGUGAUCAGUGUGAGAAAGUCCUCGCCACUUCUUCAUCCUUGAAGAGACAUAAGAAGAUUCACACUGGAGAGAAGCCGUACAGAUGUGAGCAGUGUGGGGCAGCUUUUACCACAUCAGAUGCUUUAACUAAGCACCAACGCAUUCACACGGGAGAGAAGCCGUACAGAUGUGAGCAGUGUGGGGCAGCUUUUACCACAUCAAGUGCUUUAACCACGCACCAACGCAUUCACACUGGAGAGAAGCCGUACAGAUGUGAACAGUGUGGGGCAGCUUUUACCACAUCGGGUGCUUUAACUACGCACCAACGCAUUCACACUGGAGAGAAGCCGUACAGAUGUGAGCAGUGUGGGGCAGCUUUUACCGCAUCAGGUGCUUUAACUACGCACCAACGCAUUCACACUGGAGAGAAGCCGUACAGAUGUGAGCAGUGUGGGGCGGCUUUUACCACAUCAAGUGCUUUAACGAAGCACCAACGCAUUCACACUGGAGAGAAGCCGUACAGAUGUGAGCAGUGUGGGGCAGCUUUUACCACAUCAAGUGCUUUAACUACGCACCAACGCAUUCACACUGGAGAGAAGCCAUACAGAUGUGAGCAGUGUGGGGCGGCUUUUACCACAUCAAGUUAUUUAACUACGCACCAACGCAUUCACACUGGAGAGAAACCGUACAGAUGUGAGCAGUGUGGGGCGGCUUUUACCACAUCAAGUUAUUUAACUACGCACCAACGCAUUCACACUGGAGAGAAGCCGUACAGAUGUGAGCAGUGUGGGGCAGCUUUUACCGCAUCAGGUGCUUUAACUACGCACCAACGCAUUCACACUGGAGAGAAGCCGUACAGAUGUGAGCAGUGUGGGGCGGCUUUUACCACAUCAAGUGCUUUAACUACGCACCAACGCAUUCACACUGGAGAGAAGCCGUACAGAUGUGAGCAGUGUGGGGCGGCUUUUACCACAUCAAAUGAUUUAACUACGCACCAACGCAUUCACACUGGAGAGAAGCCGUACAGAUGUGAGCAGUGUGGCGCGGCUUUUACCACAUCAAGUUAUUUAACUACGCACCAACGCAUUCACACUGGAGAGAAGCCGUACAGAUGUGAGCAGUGUGGGGCAGCUUUUACUCAAUCGGGUCAUUUAAGACGUCACCAACGUGUUCACACUGAAUAA